CUUGACGUUGACCAUUGAAGGAAAACGGAGCAGAAGAGCGAAACAUGGCGACUUCGAACAAUCCGCGGAAAUUCAGCGAGAAAAUCGCUUUGCAUAACCAGAAGCAGGCAGAGGAGACGGCGGCGUUUGAAGAAGUGAUGAAAGACCUCAGCAUUACCCGGGCAGCGAGGUUACAGUUGCAGAAAACGCAGUACUUGCAGCUGGGACCAAACCGUGGGCAGUACUACGGAGGAUCUCUGCCAAAUGUCAAUCAGCUUGGAAGCAGCAGUAUGGAUAUGUCUUUUCAGACUUCAGGGCUUGACACUAACAGAUCGACACGACACCAUGGCCUGGUGGACAGAGUCUACCGAGACCGCAGCCGCAUCACAUCGCCUCACCAGAAACCCAUUGACAAACAUGGGCGCCAGAUUGACAGCUGCCCAUAUGGUUCAGUAUAUCUGUCACUACCACCUGAUACCAGCUGGAGGAGGACAAACUCUGACUCAGCACUGCACCAGAGCACAUUAACUCCUGCCCAGCAGGCCGCUUUCACUGGAGGAUCACAGGAGCUUCAGCCAAAAAGAGUUCUGCUGCUCACUGUACCAGGGGCUGAAGCAAUUAAACAAGAGGAUGAUGAAGAUGGACAAAAACAGAACUGGGAGUGCAAAAAGAACAUUUCAAGGUCCAAGCCCUGCAAAGUUCCAGGGAUCCACAUAUUCCCAUCUCCAGACCAGCAGUUGACAGCUUCAUUAAAACCAGCAGCCCACAACACUGGCGGAUCUCUUCCCGACCUGACCAACAUCCAGUUUCCUCCUCCGUUGCCCACCCCGCUGGACACAGAUGAUACAUCCGCCUCAUUUAGCGCCUCCAACAGCACACAGAAUCUGGCCAACACACAAGGAGUGAACACCUCUCAGCCCACAGUAACCAUGGAAAUUCAGCCUGGGCAGGACAACAUGGUUCCUCUUAUCCUGAAUGCAGGAGACUCCCACCAGCACCAGAACCUGCAGCUCUCCCCGACAUCGCCUCCACUCACUCUGUCUCAGGCGGCCAUCAACGCCAUGAACCUUGAGCAGCAGCUGUCCCAGUAUGCCUUCUUCAACCAGCAGCCGUCGUCCCAGACCCACCAGAGCCAGCAACAGACAGGUCUGAUCCAGCUGCCCUCCUCUGUGAACUCCUGCUCCACAUCAGACAACCAGACGUCCUCACAAACCAACAUGACCAUGGACAUGAACACGGCCUCCUCCCUCCAACAGUACCGCAGUAGGGUCGGAUCCUCUGCCAAUCAGUCUCCAACUUCCCCCGUCUCCAACCAAGGCUUCUCACCUGGAGGCUCGCCUCAACAUAACUCCAUACUGGGCAGCGUGUUUGCAGACUUCUAUGACCAGCAGCUCCCGUCCAUUCAGGCCAGUGCUCUCUCGCAACAGUUGGAGCAGUUCAACAUGAUUGAAAACCCCAUCAGCUCUGACAGCCUGUAUAACCAGACCUCCACCCUGAACUACUCCCAGGCGCUCAUGAUGGGUUUGACUGGUGGCCAUUGCAACCUUCAGGACUCGCAGCAGCUGGGUUACAGUAGCCAUGGCAACAUCCCCAACAUCAUUCUCACAGUGAGCGGAGAGUCUCCCCCCAGCCUGCCCAAGGACCUGACUGGCUCGCUGUCCACAGAUGUCAGCUUCGAUGUCGACUCCCAGUUCCCACUGGACGAUCUGAAAAUUGACCCGCUGACGCUCGAUGGCCUGCACAUGCUCAAUGAUCCGGACAUGGUCCUUGCUGACCCCGCCACAGAGGACGCGUUUCGCCUCGACCGGCUGUAACCAUUGCACCACAUGCUCGUGCACAGGUGUGUGAAUCCUGCUGCCCCUGGGGGAUAAAAACCAAGAGGAGCAGUUUUCUGCAGCACGCCGGUGGAGUCCUUGUCUGGGCAGAGCAUCGAUAACACACCGACUGACCCAAUCAAAUCCCACAAGAGAGCUUUUAAAGAAUGCAUUGAGAUGUUUUGAAGACUGGAAACCGGAAAGAUGAUUUACGACUGAUGACACUCAAGUUAAGGUAUGAAUGAUGUUCAUGGUUUUGUCACUACUUUUUGCAAAUGACACAUUUUUUAAUCGUUUAGACACUGAGUUUUCAUUCAGGGCAGCUUAACAAAAUGUAUCAUGAGGGCAGAAGGAAGCUGGUCUCUUUUCUCCAUCAGUGACUGAACAAACCCUUAACAAGCUACAGUAGAAUGAUCAUACACACCUGUUAACACCGAAAAGCUUAAUGACUCAGAGGAAACACCUGACAAGUUUAAUCACCCUCUGUGACAAGCAGGUUGCUCUUAGUAGUACACUCAGUUUGGAUAUUAAAGAGACAAUUCACUGCAAAAUCAAAACUACACAUUUUUCAUAGAGCUAUUGGUUGUUUUGGUGUGUGUUGCC